UCAAGCAGGAAGGCAGGCGGUGUUCGGCUGGUGCUCGGUUCUCUUGGCUGUGUUGUCCUCCUUCCUGGUUCCCGGUCACCGGCGGCGGCGGCGGCGGCGGCGGCUGCACGGACGGCGGCGCGGUCCCUGCGGGAGGGGCAGCACUAACCAAGCGGCAGCCGCGGAACAGCGAGCCCAACGCGGCGGCGGCGGCGGCGGCGGCGGCGGCGGCGGCGGCUGGGCAGCCAACAUGGCGGCGGCGGUGGCGGCGGGUCCGGAGAUGGUCCGCGGGCAGGUGUUCGACGUGGGGCCGCGCUACACCAAUCUCUCGUACAUCGGGGAAGGCGCCUACGGCAUGGUUUGCUCUGCUUAUGAUAAUCUGAACAAAGUUCGAGUUGCUAUCAAAAAAAUCAGCCCUUUUGAGCACCAGACCUACUGCCAGAGAACCCUAAGAGAGAUAAAAAUCUUACUGCGCUUCAGACAUGAGAACAUCAUCGGCAUCAAUGACAUCAUCCGGGCACCAACCAUUGAGCAAAUGAAGGAUGUAUAUAUAGUGCAGGACCUCAUGGAGACAGAUCUGUACAAGCUCUUGAAGACACAGCACCUCAGCAAUGACCAUAUCUGCUAUUUUCUUUAUCAGAUCCUGAGAGGAUUAAAAUAUAUCCAUUCAGCUAAUGUUCUGCAUCGUGACCUCAAGCCUUCCAACCUCCUACUGAACACCACCUGCGAUCUCAAGAUCUGUGACUUUGGCCUUGCCCGUGUUGCAGAUCCAGAUCAUGACCACACAGGGUUCUUGACAGAGUAUGUAGCCACGCGCUGGUACAGAGCUCCAGAAAUUAUGUUGAAUUCCAAGGGUUAUACCAAGUCUAUUGAUAUCUGGUCUGUGGGCUGCAUCCUGGCAGAGAUGCUAUCCAAUAGGCCUAUCUUCCCAGGGAAGCAUUAUCUGGACCAGCUGAAUCACAUCCUGGGUAUUCUUGGAUCUCCAUCACAGGAAGAUCUGAAUUGUAUAAUAAAUUUAAAAGCUAGAAACUACUUGCUUUCUCUUCCGCACAAAAACAAGGUGCCAUGGAACAGGUUGUUCCCAAAUGCGGACUCCAAAGCUCUGGACUUACUGGAUAAAAUGUUGACAUUUAACCCUCACAAGAGGAUUGAAGUUGAACAGGCCCUGGCCCAUCCAUACCUGGAGCAAUACUAUGACCCAAGUGAUGAGAAGAGUUCCUCCAGGUCAUCUGCAGCAGGUAGAGCAGUGCAUGUACAGAGGAGGACAGCUGCACGCAGUGGAGCAUGGAAAGAGGGAGGAAGCAGGUUCAAGCCCAUUGCUGAAGCACCAUUCAAGUUCGACAUGGAGUUGGAUGACUUACCGAAGGAGAAGCUCAAAGAACUCAUUUUUGAAGAGACUGCUAGAUUCCAGCCAGGAUACAGAUCUUAAUUUGGUCAGGACAAGGGCUCAGAGGACUGGACGUGCUCAGAUGUCGGUGUUCCUCCCAGUUCUUGACCCCUGGUCCUGUCUCCAGCCCGUCUCAGCUUACCCACUCUGACUCCUUUGAGCCGUUUGGAGGGGCAUUUUCUGGUAGUAGUGGCUUUUAUACUUUCACAGAAUCCCUUCAGUCCAGAGUGUUCUCCUGGCACAGUGCCCUAGAGCAGGGUGCACUUGGAGUGUACUUAACUGCAUACUGUUGUUUAGUCACUAACUGCUUUCUGGUUUGAAAGAUGCAGUGGUUCCUCCCCUCCUGAAUCCUUUCUACAUGUCACCCUGCUAAACCAUGUGGCCUCACCAGAGCGAGACGAGAGUCUUUCCACAGUGGCUUCAGUCACUGGCAUCUUGCGUUGCAGUAAGGAAGGCUAUUACAUAGAGCACUUUCAAGUCAGCGGCAGCUCCAGGUUUGCUGUUCCUCUGUUGACUAGCAAGUGUCUACCCAGAGCAGGAGCUUGUGGAUGUCCCUAAAUGAUGUUGCAGGCUCCGGGGGCAGAUACUUCUGUUUCAGGACUCCUUUGGGGACAUUUUUCUGUCUAUCACGUUAGUCCCAUAUUUACGGUAUACACUAUUUGCCCACCUUUUUACAAAUUUAAUGAUUGUUUCAGAAGGGAAGCAUUGCGCCAGCAGUGUUAGCCUGCAGGUUUCACAUGGCCACUUCUGUUGUAAAUGGAUGGUGGCACUUGCUGAAGGGUUACAUGCCAUCCUUAGGCAGAGACUUACCGUAAUAGCUCUGCUUGUUAUCUGCUGCAAGAUGUACACGCACUGAGCUGUGGAAGUGUCCGGAGAAGUAGCGAGCAAGCUGACCUACAUGUUCAGCGUGGAGCUCUAUCUAUGCCUUGAGCUGUUUCACACAGAAGGCUGUUUUCAUAACCAAUUCACUGCCGUGGGAUUUAGCUGAAAGGAACACUGCGUCUUUAAAUGAGAAAGUGUACAGUUCUUCUCCUACAGCAUGUCAGCAUCUCAAGCUCACUUUUCAGCAGUAUAACGACUUAUAAUAAAGCUUUCAUUUCACGAGCGCUCAUCAUGAGUCUCUGUUCUGUUGCCAAGUUGCGAGGUGUUUGUGGUGCUGCUGAAUAGUGUCGUAAGAGGCUAGCAGUAACUGUUCCUAUUUCCUUACCUCCUAUAUUUCGUCCCUGCACGGUGCAGUGCAGCGCCUCCUGACUCUCACUGCUCUUUGAUGAGAAAUCUGCCUUGUUCAAUACCUAUUAUGCCCUUGCAUGACUGUUAAGGCUUUCUGUGCAGAGACCACUGUCCCGGUGUUACAUCCUAUGACUGAGCGAAAUAAAUUGUGACCUCUGAGUUGUAUUCCAAUAAGAGAAUGCUGCCCAGAAGAUAGCGUAGGAAAGAUAAUUCUAGUGUUAGCUUUUCAUUAUUUAGCUGUCUUUUUUUUUUUUUAAUUGUUUUUUGACAGCAAUGGAAAAUGGGUUCUCUAAAGACUGCCUGCUAGUAUGAACAGCGAUGCACUUGUAACUCAUGGAAAUAAAUGUACAUUUUAUCUUUACACCAUUAA